GGCUCCUUCCACCCUCCCCUAGGCCCUAGGUAUCCCCUCCAUCUAGUUGGUGAAUGAAGGAGAUAGAAACUGAGGCUAUUGUAGACCAGACCUGGCUGGGGUCUACAUCAGUGCUUUUCAAACUUUAACACCUGGGGAUCUUGUUAAUGCAGGCUCUGAUGAAGGAGGCAUGGAGUGGGGUAUGAGAAUCUGCAUUUCUAACAAGCUCCCUGGUGAUGUCAAUGCUGUUGAUCUGGGCCCUUGCUUUGAGAAUUGAGGAGUGAGAGGCAUCACUCCUGCCCAUGCCUCAUAGCCAGAGCUCACUCCUGUGGCUAUACCUAAUGCAAGGGAAGCAGGGAAAUGAAGUUCAGCUGUUUGUGCAGGAGCUGGAGGAGCCAGGGUCAGUAAACAGGCAGGGGGCAGGUAGGGGCCAGGCAGUAGGGACCCAGCCCUCCCACGACAGUGGUACCAUUGCUGCGGGGAGACCAGGGGGAGGUCCUGCCUGAGACCAUGGGUCCCUCGGCAGGCAGCCUUUCUGAACUCCCUGGAAGUGGUGGGGGCGAGAGCCCAGGCCUUCCUUAGUUCAAGGUUCUGUGAGCCACCUGGGACUGGAGCUUGCAGUGGGGAUACUGCCUCUCAUCUUGGUGCCUGAGUCCUGGAACUGAGCACCCCCUUCUUUUCAUCCAAUACCCCUUUUGCAGGAGAUCAGCCUGGCAGUGGGGGCCCAAAGUACAGUGGGCCAGAUGGACAGCCCUUUUUAAUCAACCCUCCUGCCAGAAAAGGGGUCAGUUCUUCCUCCACUCCACCACUGACCUUCCUUCUGCACGAGGGGUCCUGGUCGUCUUUGUCCUCCACCCCGCCCUUUUCUCAGGUGACUCCUGGGAGCAAGGCUCCCCAUGCACCCCCAUCACCCAGGCCUGCUGCACCAGGAUGCUGUCCCUGGGCCAGAGCCUAGGACAAUGCCACGGAGCCACAGCAGCCCCCAAGCUCACAAGCAGAAGGGAGAAGGGGGCCAGGUCCAUGGGUUUUACUACUCCCUCCUUAGAUGGGUUCCCUGCGCUGGGCUAGCCUGUGCUGGUGAGACUCCCAGUCCAUUGCUCAGCAGGGCCAGGAAACUGGGAGGUGAUCCCGGGCCAGCGUGGCAGCUGAGAGGGUCCCCCCAGGAGGCAACCUGGGCACUGGCCUCCAGCCUCAGCCAGCCAACUGCGUUGGGAUACCGCCCCCCACACACACACACACCUCCCCCCAGCCUGUGUAUGAGGCACAGGCUCAUUCGAAGCGAGGUCUUCGCGGGUCCAGUCACCACCACCAGCACUGUGGCUUUCCUAGAAUCUUCUCUGCGCCCCCGAUCUGGGGCGGGGGAGGAGUACGGCGGGUACUGACAGAGCAGAGACAGGUCCUUGCAGGCUGUACAGCCUGGUGGGGGACUGGUGAGGGGUGGGCAGGCCGGACUGGGAGGCAAGAUAUCGGGGCCGGGCGGGCCGCUCUGGGCCCCAGGCCACCACCCAUCUCCUUCCCGGUCCCCGCCCCCGCCCUCCCACGCACCUGCGCUGGCCUCUCCCCAAGCCCUGGGGGCAGCCGGCGGGCGCUGCUGGGAGAUCAGAGGACUCGGAGGAGUCGGGCCCAGGGGGAGGGGGCGGGGAAUUUCCCCCCACGCCUGCCUGGGCCUGCUCCCCCUCCCCCUUCCCCGCCAGGUGGGGGGGGGCACCGCUAGGGGAAUUCCACCGCGCUGCGAGGGCUCCGGCGAGCCUGGGCUGGGGGUCCUAGGGAGAGGAGGAGGAGAGGAGGGAACAGGCUGGGACCAGGGGCGCAGCUGCCUUCCUCCCCAGACACCAGCUGCCCCUGCCUGUCCCAGACUGAGCGGCCACCAUUCCAGCCCGUGGGGCGGGUGCGGGGGCAGGGAGUGGCGCUUCCUCAGGCCAGAGGCGUCGGGACCUGGGAAGGGAGAGGCGUGAAGAUCCGAAAGAGGGUGUGCGUGUGAGCGUCUCACAAUGAAUGGGUGACUGAGUGGGAGAGCGUGCCUGCACUUCAUUCAAGGGUGUCUGUGAGCUGGGGACUCCGGGUGCCCCGGGGACGUGUGGCCUCAGGAGAGGGUCCUGUGUCUCCCCCAUUAGGGUCGUUCUGUCUACCAGCCUGGCCGGGCCUCCUCCACACGCUCCCGCAGGAACCUUCACCGACCCUGAGAGGAGGAAGGGAGGGGAGGCGCGCUCCGGGACACAGAGGGUCCCGGAGAUGGGGGGCGGGCGUGGGAGGCGUCUGGACCUGCUGCCUCCGCUCCAGUCUCGGGCGGGGCUUCCCUGCCUCGGUGGCGGGGGGGACCCGUGGGGAGGGACGCCAGGGGGGCAGGAGACAGCGCGUCGGAGACCUGGGCGAGGGAGACUCAGAGAGCAAGAGGCAGAGGGAGGGGGCGGGUGUGGAAGCCGAGGCAGGACCCCGAGCCCGGAGAGGCAGAGACGGAGAACAUCCCUGGCCAGAGAUUGUCCCCCCGGGGAGACUCCCAGUAGGGGCCGGGGCAGAGAGACGCCUUCAGGGCCAGAAACCCUAGGAGGCAAAUACCCCUGGGAGAUAUUACCGCCACCCCCCGCCCCAGAUAGAGAGCGCCUCGCAGAGCGGGGACGAGGACAGACUGUCAGAGGACAACGCCCCCCAGGCCUCCUGGGAGACCCCGGAGCAACCCCAGGGGCGACAAGGGCCUUGUGAGGGCCAGGGCGACCUCUUCUUGGUUGGGGGCGAUGGGGACACGGGCCCCGCAGGGCCUCCUCCUCCUUCUCUUGCUCCGGCUGCUGCUGCCACGCGGGACCUCAGCUGGGAGCCUGCAUAACCCAGGCCUGUCCGAGUGCUUCCAGGUGAAUGGCGCAGACUACCGCGGCCACCAGAACCGCACGGGCCCGCGCGGGGCUGGCCGCCCGUGCCUCUACUGGGACCAGACGCAGCAGCACAGCUACAGCAGCGCCAGCGACCCCCACGGCCGCUGGGGGCUGGGCGCGCACAACUUCUGCCGUAACCCAGAUGGUGAUGUGCAGCCAUGGUGCUACGUGGCCGAGACAGAGGAGGGCAUCUACUGGCGCUACUGCGAUAUCCCCACGUGUCAUAGUGAGUGGGCCGGGAUGGACAAGGGUGGAAGCCGGGCUGCCUGGGCAGAGUUCGCUUUUGGAGGCGCCUCACUGAGCCUGACUCUGCUGCCCCCUCAGUGCCUGGGUACCUGGGCUGCUUCGUGGACUCCGGGGCACCCCCGGCCCUCAGCGGCCCCAGCGGCACCUCAACAAAGCUCACUGUCCAGUUGGCGGGCGUGGAGGCUGGCUACGCCUGUUUCUGUGGCUCUGAAAGCGACCUGGCCCGGGGACGCCCGGCUCCGGCCACCGACUGUGACCAGAUCUGCUUUGGCCACCCGGGCCAGCUGUGCGGCGGUGAUGGGCGCCUGGGCAUCUACGAAGUGUCCGUGGGCUCCUGCCAGGGGAACUGGACUGCACCUCAAGGUGUCAUCUACUCCCCGGACUUCCCGGACGAGUACGGGCCGGACCGGAACUGUAGCUGGGCGCUGGGCCCCCCGGGCGCCGCGCUGGAGCUCACCUUCCGCCUCUUCGAGCUGGCGGACCAGCGCGACCAGCUGGAGCUGCGCGACGCCGCCUCGGGCAGCCUGCUCCGCGCCUUCGACGGCGCCCGCCCGCCGCCGCCGGGGCCGUUGCGCCUGCGCUCCGUCGCACUGCUGCUCACCUUCCGCAGCGACGCUCGCGGCCAUGCGCAGGGCUUCGCACUCACCUACCGCGGUGAGGCCCCGCCGCGUCCCCCUUCAGCCCGCUCCCCCUCCAGCCUGCCUCACACCCCUCUCCGCAGGGCUGCAGGACGCCGACGACCCUGCGCCCCCCAAGGGCUCGGCCCAGACCCCUGCAGGGCCCCCCGACGGGGCCAACGUGAGCUGCAGCCCCCGGCCUGGAACUCCAGAGGCCGCGAUUGGGGGUGAGACGGGCGUGGGAGGCGGGAGAGAGUUUGGGGAACAGACCCUUCCAGCCCUGUCCUCACCGCACUCGUGUGCCCGCAGCCCAGGUCUUCUUGACGGUGACGGCCGUCUCAGUGCUGCUGCUGCUGCUGCUGUCCCUGCUGCGCCUGCUGCGCGGACGGUGCGCGCUCUGGGGCAGGACCUGAGGGCGGACCUUGCCGGGAGCCUGACGCCCCACCCCGGUGCCCCGGGGCGUGGGGGGCCCUGGUGGGAAGCUAGGGCCCACGACGGGAACAGGGCUGGAAGGAACUCCUGGGUUCGAGGGACGAGGAUCACGCGUUCGAGGGACGCGUGGGAUCACAAGCGAAGCAAGGUGCUGGAGGUGAGGUUGGUUGGGGGUUCGGCUGACGUCUGCUCCCUCUCUAGGAGCUGCCUGCUGGCUCCGGGUAAAGGGCCCCCAGCGUUGGGGCCUUCCCGGGACCCCGCAAGAAGCUGGGCCGUUUGGUACCGCCGGCCUCGAGGGGUCGCCCUGCCCUGUCCUCCCGGGGACCCCCAGGUUGAGAGUCUAACCGCGAGUUACCGGCCAUUGAGCGCCUCCAGCCAGAGUUCCCUGCGCUCACUCAUCUCUGCUCUCUGACUCGGGACCCCCAGGGUCCACUGGACCCUCCUGCAGCGGGAUAGACUCCUGAGACCCUUUGCCACACACUGCCUACCUUGGCCUUCUGCCCCUUUGAAGUUUGGCAGCUCGGCCUCUAGUCAUCUCAAGGAGGCCAGACGUUGGACAGGAAGCAUCUGGUGCUAUUAUUGGGAACUUCACCUGACCCUCGGGGUCCAGAUGGUCAAGGCAAAAGGGCAAGAGGAAUUCGACUUCCCUCAUAAACCUGGAUACCUGGGUCUUUGAGCCCCUUCUGGGGUGGUUCUGGACUGCUGCCCAAAGUGAAAUGUGAGAGGUCAACAAAAGUGGUCAAAAGACUAAUCAUAGGUUUUGAAUAAAAGACCUAUUUUGGUACAGGG